CACGUGUCGUCGCACCACCGUGCCGUGACCAUUGCACGACACCCCGAGUUCAGUCACUCAAGAGCAGGAGUAAGAGGUAGAUAUGGCGUAGUAGGCGCCAAAGAAGACUAGGUAAGCGCUACUCGCAGGUUCCACAGGGACUCAGUUUGUAGCCCCGUGCAUCUGGCUCUAUUCUCUCCCACAGCGCGUCCACAUCCAAAACGGCCCGGCGUACGAUGACGUCGCCGUCGUCGUCGCCGCACUCAAUGUAUAUAACGUAGAGCUGGUCGUGUCGACGCUGACCACGGGGGCCAUCUCUACCAGUUGCCUCUCGUCGAUGCUGCGAAGGAGUCUGGGUCAAGUUGUUCAUGCCGUAUGAGUUCGGCAUGUCGGCGGGGGGCAUACCGAGGGUCCGUUGGGCGUGAAGCCAAAGAUCGUUAAAAAGCUCCAGAGCGUCGGCGUGCCAUACCUCCGUAUCUCGUUUGCUUGAUG